GAAGUUUAAAUGUAACGAUUCAUUAACCGAGUUGCUGCUGAGGCGAAUUCUGUCUUAAUAAGCUAUUUGCUUAGUUUCUUCCGCUUUGGUGAAGCAUUCAAGUCGCGGCAGCGUGAAAUUGGCAAUGAAAUGAAUUAGUGCAAUUGUCUAGUCCAUGCGGCGACAGGGCAAAAUGUUUGUAUCGCUUCUCAUUUACACUUUAACGUUAGUAUUUCCAGCCGGAUACGCAUCGCUGCCGCUUGUUAUCAACACUUGGCCAUUCAAGGAUGCAACAGUUGCAGCAUGGAGUGCCCUGCAGUCCGGUGGCUCGGUGUUGGAUGCGGUGGAGGCAGGCUGUGCCCGCUGCGAAAUGGACCAGUGCGAUGGCAGUGUAGGCUACGGUGGGAGCCCAGAUGAGCGCGGAGAGACCACACUGGACGCCAUGAUCAUGAACGGUGAUACAAUGGAGGUGGGUGCAGUUGCGGACCUGAGAAGAAUCAAGAAUGCCAUUGGAGUUGCAAGAGCUGUGAUGGAGCACACUGAUCAUACACUGCUGGUCGGACAAUCAGCGACUAUGUUUGCUGAAAGCAUGGGCUUCAUUGCAGAAGACCUGACUACCAACAAAUCUCUGAAUAUUUUCUCAGAGUGGCUGAAGGGCAACUGCCAACCUAAUUAUUGGAAGAAUGUCAAUCCAGAUUCUUCCAAGACUUGUGGACCCUACAGGCCCAAGGCAACGCAGACUUGGAACAAGAGGGCACAGCAUGCUAAUACGCACUCCCAUGACACCAUCGGGAUGAUUGCUAUUGAUAAUGGUGGUCACCUGGCUGCUGGUACAUCAACCAAUGGCCUAACUCACAAAAUUCCAGGGCGUGUUGGAGACUCUCCUAUUGCUGGAUCAGGAGCGUAUGCAGACAGCUUAGCAGGUGCUGCUGCUGCCACUGGAGAUGGAGACGUCAUGAUGCGCUUUCUACCCAGUUACUUGGCCGUGGAGCUGAUGAGGGCUGGGGCCGAUCCCUCGGCAGCCUGCAAGUCGGCCAUAUCCAGAAUCAAGAGGCAUUACUCAGAGUUCUUUGGAGCCAUCAUCUGUGCUAACACAACAGGUCACUAUGGUGCAGCCUGUAACAAGGUCCCUGGCCUCACACAGUUCCACUACAUGGUGACAAACUCUGAGUCAAGCACACCAAUGCUGAAAUCUGUAGAUUGCUUUUGAAUGGUGUAUGACUGUCUCUUUUACAUAUAUAUAUGUGAAUUAACAGCCUUCAUGCUGUAUUUUUAUGCGGAUGAUUUCAUGAAUAAAAUGUUAUUUAAAAGAA